AUGAAAGCUAUUGAAUCGAGUUUUUAAUAAUAAGUAGAUGAGUAAGAAAAAGAUGAAGAUCCUCCCUUGAAAAAUAAUUAUAAUUAAAUAAUUAAAUAAGGAAUAGAACUAUUCGAUUAAAAAUAAUAUUAUUAAGCAUUGAGAUAAUUUGAUUAAGCUAUUAUUUUAUAACCUUAGUCUUAAGAACCCUAUUAUAGAAGAGGUUAAUAUUUUAAUUAUUAAAUUUCUUAGGAGAUACGUUAUUAAUCUUAAAUUACAAUGAAAGAGCUUUGGAGUCUUUUAAUAAAGCUAUUUAAUAAAAUUGUUAAUAAUAUCAGGUUUAUUUAAAAUAAGGUAUUUUCUAUAUUUCAUCAUCAAUUAGGCCUUGCUUUAUUUAAUUUAAAACGUUAUCAAAAAGCUCUUGCCUCUUUUAAUAAAGUUUUAUCUCUAUAUUCAAAGAGUUGGGAAGCUUAUCUUGGUAAAGGUAGUUUAUUAUAUUAAUUUAGGGAAUUGUUUACAUUACUUAAAUUAAUUUUAAGAGGCUUAUGAAUCAUACAAUUAAGCCUUUUAGCUAAAUCCAUAUAAUAAAGAUACUCAUAAUAAUUUUGUAAUUCUGGGAAAUGCAUUAUACAAUUUAAAUAGAUACGAUGAAGCUUUAUAAUCCUAUAAUAGAACAUUAGGCUAUAAUUAAAAUAAUCAUGAAGCAUAAUUUGGAAAAGGUAUAAGAUUUUCAAAAGUGAUUAGGAAAUGUCUUAUUUUGUAAAAAGUAAUAUGAAGAAUCUCUUUAAUGUUAUAAUAAAGCAAUUUCUUUAAAUCCAAAUAGAUUUUAAUAUCAUUAUAAUCAAGGUAAAUAAAGAUGAUCAAUUAUUUUAGGUAAAGCUUUAAAGUAAUUAAAAAAUUUCUAAAAAGCAGUUGAUUCAUUUAAUAAAUCAAUUGAAUUAUUUUCAAAAACCAAAGAAGCUUAAGAAGAUUUAGGUUUAAUUGUUAAAUUUAUUUUUAGCAAAAGAUAUAGAGUUAUAAAGUGUUUUUUGCGAAGCCUUAGAAGUUUAUAAUGAACUAAUUAUAAAAAAUAAAAAAAAUGCAACAAUUUUUUAUAACAAAGGUAAAAAUAAUCUUAAAAAAAUUAGGCAAUAUUUUAUUUUAUUAGAAGUAAUAUUUUGAAGCAAUUGAAGCUUAUAAUAGAGCCAUUGCUAUUAUUUCUAAUAAUGCCAAUUAUUAUUUAUAUAAAGGUAUAAGAAAAUAACCUAAUCUCUUUAGGUCUUUCAUUAUUUAAAUUGAAACGCUAUAAGGAAGCAAAUGAAUAAUUCGAUAUAGCUAUCGAAAUGGAUCCUUCAUGUGAUUAAGCAUAUUAUUUCAAAGGUUUAAUUAAAUACUAUUAUUAUAGGGGAAUCUUUAUAUGAAUUAGAAGAAUUAUCUUUUGCAAUAAAAUGUUACAAAUAAGCAAUAUUACUAAAUAGUGAUAACUUAAAUAUUUAAAUAGAAUAAGGUUACUAUUUACAAUAAUAAAUAAGGUUUUUAACUAUUAGAAUAAAAAUUAUACUCAAGAGCUUUAAAACCUUUUCAGAAAGCAGUUGCAAUUUAACCUAAUUCAGGUAAAGCUAAUUUUGGAUUAGGUAAUUUAAAUAUUCAUUAAUAUUAUUUAAGGUUAUGCACUAUACAAAUAAAAAUUAUAUGAAUAAGCUCUUCAAUCCUUAAAAAGAACACAUGAUAUAAAUUCUAAAGAAGCCCAAUAUUGUUAUUAUUAUGGUAUUUAAUAUGAUCACAUAGGUUAAACUUUACGCAAAUUAAUGAGAUACAAGGAAGCAAUUUAAUCAUUUUAAGAAGCAGUUUAAUUAAAUUAAUACUAUCAUGAAGCUUAUUUUAAGAUUGGUACUCAAAUGAAUCUCAAAAUUUUUAGGUGAGGUAUAUUAUGCAUUGUCCAAAUAAGAAGAAGCAGUUUAAUCAUAUAAAAAGGCCAUUAACUUAAAUUUCGAAUACCAAAAUUAUCAUUUAUCAAAAGGUUAUAAAUAAAUUUUAUUGUUUAGCUGAAGAUUUAUCUAAUUAAAAACGAUUUGAAGAAGCUCUUUAAGCAUACAAAAAAUCAAUUCUUCUAAAUCCCUUAAAUCUUGAUCCUUAAGAGGGUAUUGGUAGUUAUUAAUAAUUAAUAUCAUUUUUAGGAUAAACUUUAUUAAAAUUGAAUCGUUCAGGGGAAGCUCUAGCUUUAUUUGAAAAAUUAAUAGAGGCAAAUCCAAAUAAUUACAAGUUUUAUAGAGGGAAAGGUAAACUAAAUUUAUUAUCUUUAGGAAAUGCAUUAUUCAAAUUAUAAAAAUAUGAUGAAGCUUUGUUAUGUUAUGGUCUAUCUAUUGGAUUAAAUUCUUCAUAUGCUGAAGCCCUUAAUGAUAAAGGUAUCAUAAUUAAUAAUUAUUAAUUUAUUAGGUCUUACCUUAUUUAAACUUAAAUUAUAUGAUGAGGCCUUAGAAUCCUUUGAUAGGGCUAUUUUAAUUAAUCCUUAUUAUGUUGACUCAUUUAUAAACAAAGGUAUUUCUAACUAAAAUUCUUAGCAAAUUCAUUGCUUGAAUUAAAUUAAGAAAACAAAGCACUUGAAUAUUAUGAAAAAGCAAUUGAUGCAGAUCCAUUAAGUGCUGAAGCCUAUUAUCGCAAAGGUAAUUCAUAUUAAAUCUAAAUUUAGGAUUAUUGUUACAAAAAUAAAGUAGAAAUGCUGAAGCUGUUCAAUCUCAUGAUCAUGCAGUAAUAAUAAAUUCAAAUUUUAUAGAAGCUCUUGUUUAAAGAGGUAUAAUUUAAAAUAAUUAUUUUUAGGAUUAGCUUUAUUUAAUUUAAAUCGUCAAGAUUAAGCCCUUGAAUCAUUUAAAAAGGCUAUAUCAAUAAAUCCAAAUUGUGAUGAAGCAUAUUAUGGUUAAGGUAUAUAUUUUUAUUAUGUAUUUAAGGAAAUAUUUUAUUUGAACUAAAUAAAUAUAAUGAAGCUCUAGAUUCAAUAAACUAAGCUAUUGCUAUUAAUCCAAAACAUUAUUAAGCACAUCAUUAAAAAGGUAUAAACUUUUAAAUUUUUAAGGAUUAAUUCUACAUAAACAAAAAAAAUAUUAAGAGGCAAUUAAAUCUUUUGAUUAAUCCUUUUAAAUUAAGUAGAAUUCUAAUUCCUUGCUUUGUAAAGGUAAAUAAUUUCUAAUAAUGUCAGCUGAAUCACUACUAGCUUUAAAGUAAACCUAAUAAGCAAAAAUGACUUUCUAAAAAGCUAUGGUUCUUGGUUUAGUAGCAACAGAAGAAAUGUAACAAAAAUUUUUAUGA